AUGACUGUCUUUGAAACUUUACAAACUAUUUGUGAUAGUCCCAAUAUUCCUUGGAAAAAUAUUAUCAUUGGAUUUUCAGCAGGUCAAUUCCUAUUUGAAACAUACAUUUCUUACCGUCAAUACAAAUCAUUAAGCUCUAAUAAAUUACCUGCCGUAUUAGAGAAUGAAAUCGAUCAAGAAACUUUUGAAAAAUCCGAAGCUUAUUCAAAGGCAAAGAUUAGAUUCUCUAUUGUAUCUGAUUUAUAUGCAUUGAUUCAAAAGAUUGCUUUCGUGAAAUUUGAUUUAUUUCCACGUCUAUGGCAUCUAGGUAACAAAGUCUCUACUAUCUUACCUGUUCAAUACAGAGCUGUCUCUACUAUUGCUCAAAGUUUAUGGUUCUUAUUAGUUCUUUCAAACAUUUCUACUGUGGCUGAAUUACCUUUCUCUUAUUAUAGUCAUUUUGUUCUAGAAGAAAAAUUCGGUUUUAAUAAGACUACUAUGAAGAUUUGGAUUACUGAUAUGAUUAAGAGUACUCUGUUAGGUGUUGCCAUUGGUGGUCCAAUUCUAUAUGGAUUCUUAAAGAUUUUUGAUUUAUUCGAAACAAACUUCUUAUGGUACGUAUGUUUAUUCCUAUUGGUAGUUCAAAUCCUAGCAAUGACUUUGAUUCCAGUAUAUAUUAUGCCUUUAUUCAAUACUUUCACUCCAUUAGAAGAUGGUGAAUUAAAACAAUCUAUUGAAAAAUUGGCAAAACAAGUUGGUUUCCCAUUGGACAAAAUCUUUGUUAUCGAUGGUUCCAAGAGAUCAUCUCAUUCAAACGCUUAUUUCACUGGAUUACCAUUUACUAGUAAACGUAUCGUCCUUUUCGAUACUUUAGUAAACAGUAAUUCUGUUGAAGAAAUUACUGCUGUUUUGGCUCAUGAAAUUGGCCAUUGGCAAAAGAACCAUGUUUUAAACAUGGUUGUAUUUAGUCAAUUGCAUACUUGUGCUAUCUUCUCUCUAUUUACCAGUGUUUACCGUAACAUAUCAUUCUAUGAAACCUUUGGGUUUGUUAUUGAUGCCACUGAAACUACUAUUCCAGAAGUUGCCAUUCCAACUAAAGUCUUCACUACUGGUUUCCCAAUUAUUAUUGGUUUCAUGCUAUUCAACGAUUUAUUGACCCCAUUAGAAUGUUCAAUGCAAUUUGCAAUGAGUUUACUAUCUAGAAUUCAAGAAUAUCAAGCAGAUGCUUACGCUAAAGGAUUAGGUUUCAGUAAAAACUUGUGUCGUGCUUUAAUCGAUCUACAAAUUAAGAAUCUAUCCACCAUGAAUGUAGAUUCAUUAUACUCUGCUUACCAUUACUCUCACCCAACUCUAGCCGAAAGACUAACUGCCCUUGGUUAUGUCAGUGAGAAGAAGAAAGCUUAA